UUUCUCGCCCCCUCCCCCGAAUUGCCCUCCCCGCGCUCCCUUCUGUCUCCGCCCCCUGGCGCCGCGGAGGCCUCGCCGCUUUAAGAGCCGGGCUAGCGAUUGACAAGCAACAAACGCCGAGCGCCGGGCUGCGCUGGAGCCGCCCCAAGCCAGGGGCUCCCCGGGGCGCAGGAGGCACAUUUGCAGCCCUCGCUGACCUCACCAUGCCAGUUGCCGCCACCAACUCUGAAUCUGCCAUGCAGCAGGUCCUGGACAAUCUGGGAUCUCUCCCCAGCGCCACGGGGGCCGCGGAGCUGGACCUGAUCUUCCUUCGAGGCAUUAUGGAGAGUCCGAUAGUGAGAUCCCUGGCCAAGGCCCACGAACGGCUGGAGGAGACGAAGCUGGAGGCUGUGGGUGACAACAACUUGGAGCUGGUGCAGGAGAUCCUACGGGACCUGGCCCAGCUGGCCGAGCGGAGCAGCGCGGCCGCCGAGCUGGCCCGCAUCCUCCAGGAGCCCCACUUCCAGUCCCUACUGGAGACGCACGACUCUGUGGCUUCCAAGACCUAUGAGACCCCGCCCCCCAGCCCUGGCCUGGACCCCACGUUCAGCAGCCAGCCGGUGCCUCCGGACGCGGUGCGCAUGGUGGGCAUCCGCAAGACGGCUGGCGAGCAUCUGGGCGUGACGUUCCGCGUGGAGGGCGGUGAGUUGGUGAUCGCGCGCAUUCUGCACGGGGGCAUGGUGGCGCAGCAAGGGCUGCUGCACGUGGGCGACAUCAUCAAGGAAGUGAACGGGCAGCCGGUGGGCAGCGACCCCCGCGCGCUUCAGGAGCUCCUGCGCAGCGCCAGCGGCAGCGUCAUCCUCAAGAUCCUGCCCAGCUACCAGGAGCCGCAUCUGCCCCGCCAGGUGUUUGUGAAAUGCCACUUCGACUACGACCCGGUGCGAGACAGCCUGAUCCCCUGCAAGGAAGCCGGCCUGCGCUUCAGUGCCGGGGACCUGCUGCAAAUUGUGAACCAGGAUGACGCCAACUGGUGGCAGGCGUGCCACGUGGAAGGCGGCAGCGCUGGGCUCAUCCCCAGCCAGCUGCUGGAGGAGAAGCGGAAAGCGUUCGUGAAGCGGGACCUGGAGCUGACACCAACCUCAGGGACCCUGUGCGGCAGCCUUGCAGGAAAGAAAAAGAAGCGGAUGAUGUAUUUGACCACUAAGAACGCAGAGUUCGACCGCCACGAGCUGCUCAUUUACGAGGAGGUGGCCCGCAUGCCCCCUUUCCGCCGGAAGACGCUGGUGUUGAUCGGGGCUCAGGGCGUGGGCCGGCGCAGCCUGAAGAACAAGCUCAUCAUGUGGGAUCCGGAUCGCUAUGGUACCACCGUGCCCUACACGUCCCGGAGGCCCAAGGACUCGGAGCGGGAAGGCCAGGGUUACAGCUUUGUGUCCCGGGGGGAGAUGGAGGCUGACAUCCGGGCCGGGCGCUACCUGGAGCACGGCGAGUACGAGGGCAACCUGUACGGCACGCGGAUCGACUCCAUCCGGGGUGUGGUUGCGGCCGGCAAGGUGUGCGUGCUGGACGUCAACCCCCAGGCUGUGAAGGUGCUGAGAACAGCUGAAUUUGUCCCUUACGUGGUGUUCAUUGAGGCCCCUGACUAUGAGACCCUGCGGGCCAUGAACCGGGCUGCGCUGGAGAGUGGAGUGUCCACCAAGCAGCUCACGGAGGCGGACCUCAGGCGGACAGUGGAGGAGAGCAGCCGCAUCCAGAGGGGCUACGGCCACUACUUUGACCUCAGCCUGGUCAACAGCAACCUGGAGAGGACCUUCCGGGAGCUGCAGGCUGCCAUGGAGAAGCUGCGGACGGAGCCCCAGUGGGUGCCCGUCAGCUGGGUGUACUGAGCCUGUCCCGGGACCCGAACCCGUCCCCUGCUCCCCUGUGACUCCAGCCACCAUCCUCAGCCCCCGUCCCCGGCUCCCUGGCUUGCCCUGGGUAGCAGCCACCAGCAAGCCCUGAGGUCUGGCUCCAGCAGAGAGGCGAGCACUGCCAGGGAGGUGGGUGUUCAUGGGGCACCUCUGUGCCCAGGUGCUGCCCACUCCCGAUGUCCAUUGGCUACCAGAUGUCCCUGUCCAAGGGCCCAGCCAUGCCCAGGGUGUGUCAGAGUCUCCUCCGCCUGCUCAGUGCAGAGAUGGGAAAUCUGCUUUGGGACCACGUGGUCAGCAGGUGCACUGUCCCAGCCACCUCUCCCCAGGCACCUUUCCUCCUCCGGACUGGCCACAGCCCCCAGCUCCAGGGCCCCUGCACGUCUCACCCCUGCCUCCCGGUGGGUGGGGCUGGCCUUGGUCCUUGUUGGCCUGGGCUGGGGGAACGGGCGGGACUGCUCUCAGCUCGGGGAGGGGCAGGGACCAGGAGUGGAUGUGGCCUUGUCCCUCCUUCCUCCACAGCGUCUCACUGCCUAAGUCUCCCCUCAAACUUCUCCAGCGUGUCCCUGCUGGGUCAGCCCCACCCCUGUGGGGGGGAGGCGAGGCUGGCGGGGCUGGGUGGGCUCAGCCAAGGGAGGGGUGGCUGGAGCCUGACCCUGUGACGGGGAGCCCUGGGCGCUCCGGGGUGGGCCGGGUCUGGUCGCCCUGCCCGUAACCUUUGUCCAGGCUCAUCUUCCUGGUAAGGUCCAGGUGGCCCACUUGGGUCAGGGCUGCCCCAGUGGGAGGCCCUGGCCUGCCUGGCCAUGGCCCCACACGCUGCAUUGCUCUGUGGAUCUGGCGCUGGCGUGUGUGUGCAUGUGUGUGUACGUGUGUGUGUGUGUGUGUGUGUGGCUUGGUUGGGGGAGGCUUGUUUUCUUUUAGAGGCCCCUUUUUGGGGGUUCCCUGUCAGCCCCCGUUUCUUAUGAGACCCUGCCCCAGAUUCCUGAGCCUUGGUCCUCCUUGGGGUCUUCCUUUUCUGAUUGCCCCCUCCCCGCCCUAAACGUCACCCCUCAGUCCCUGGGAGGGCAGUGUUGUGAAGUAGACCCCCUGUUAAGAGAAGUGCUGUCCUGGACGACCCCAGGCACCUGCUCCCCCUCCUCGUCUGUGCUCCUGCCCCAGGUGAGCCUGCCCUCGCCAGGGACCCCAGGGGACCCCUGCCCCGUGUCUGGUCAGUUGUCACCAUGGUGUCAGCCAGAGCUGGCCCCUGAGCCACUGUGUGCCCGUGUCCUGGGGAGGGGAGGGAGAAUGAACAGAAUUAUUUAUUACAAAUGUUAGAAAUAUAUUUAUUAUAUUAGAACCUCAUUUUACAUUUGCAUAAGAUAUGCAAAUGAGAGGUAAGGGUCCGCCUGCUCCCAUCUCAUUUGCAUAGCUCUGCAUACACUAUGCAGUCAUCUUUAUACUCUUCUUUGCCCCCAAGUCAGCCUCUCUUUUGUGCCUGAUUCAGCUCUCCCUGUCUCACCCUCAUCCUCACCCUCAGCUUAAAAGGGCCUGGAGUGGGAAGAAGAGGGGUCAUUUUCCUGCUGACUUGAGGCUGUGGGGUAAUUGCUGGUCCCACCUCUCCUGCUGCAGCCACCCCUCCCUAUUGGUUGGUGUGAUUCUGGCAGCUUUGCUACUGGUGGUGCCCAAGGGGUGGGGCUGGGUCCCUCCUCUUGGGGCUGAGCCCAUGCCAGGCCCGUCCUGGGUACCCAUCAGGUGGGGGUGGAGUCCCCAUCACCUGGAAGGCGCUGGGGCUGUGUGGACUGGAACAGGUGUGUGCCCACCGUGUUUGCUCCAUGGCUGUCCUCCUCUCUCAGAGGGGACCUGAAUUAGGGGGACUGCAGGAGAAGGAGGACCCUGCCCACUGCCCACGCCCACGCCCAGGCCAAGCCCCAGCCCCGUUGCCUCCCCUGCCCCUCUGGAGCCAUCACUUUCUCGAGUUUUCUCUGUGUUUUUCUCUUUUCCUUUGAUUAAAUGAAAAAGCAAAGGC